AUGAUCUGUUUAGCCUCUGGUGAGGUUUCGGAUGAACUUUUAAAAACUCUUUGGAUGCAACGACUUCCGAAGCAAACUCAAGAAAUUUUAUCGGUAAGCAGUGAAUCUUUAAACAAUUUGGCGGCUAUGGCCGAUAAGAUUUCUGAAACUCCGGAAUCAUGGGAUGUUAGUGCUAUAUCCUCAAGAAAAUCGACAGAGUCGACACAAAUUCAAGAUUUAAAAGCCAAAAUUGAAGAAAUAACCAUGAUGAUCGAGGCACUCGCAAAUCAAUUAAGAAGGCGUUCAAAAUCAAGAGGCAGGUCACAGAGUAAGUCACAUUAUAAGUAUCAUUAUAAGUUUGGUGAUCGUGCUACCAAAUGUGUGCAGCCCUGCUCAUUUGUGCCAAAUUGUUUUCCGGAAAACUAA